AGGAAGCCGUGGGUGGCGGGAAUGGGAUUGGGACUGUUCCCUGUGCCAGCUUCAGCCCGUCUUCUCCUGACAUCCCUUUGUCCUGUACUUAUUUUUUCUCCUGUCCUUAUUGACAUGGAUGCGUCUUCUGAUCUCUCUGUCCUUUCCUGGCGUGUAGCUUCUAUGUCUCUUGGAGAACUGUUUCUUCUUUCAGCCAGGCUCCUUCCCAGGUGUGAGGGACACUGUACUCUUUGGUGGGGCUUAGGGCCCUGUAAGAGCAGGGAUAUGAAGUGGGGUGGUUUGGAGUGGGUGUGGGGACCUGAGGCCUCAUUCUCACCCUUGACAAUGUACUGUGUUAAGCCUGUGGAAAGGGGAGACUGGAUAGUGCUUGGCUGUGAGCCAUAGCUCUUUGGUGUGGUAGAUGCCGCGCAUAGAGAACAAGCUGUGACCAGCAUGUCCUCUUGUUCACUUCUUGCCUGGUAGCUUCCUGAUGUACCAUCCAGGUUGGACUUUAUUCCCUGAUUUUCACCAGCUUUGCUCUUCCUCUUGACCCUGCUCUGCAUCCAUUGGGACCACUUCCUUCCCAUCCCCACUUCGCUAGCUCCAGUCCACAGCUGUUGUAGCAGAGGAUGCUAAUGGCCCAGGCUCACUGUAUGUGGUAGUGGUGCGGGGUGGCCUGGGCUCGAGAAUGGGGGAAUUCUAGUGUUCAACCAGGACAGGAAGGGAAAUGCUGAGCUCUGAGAUCUCCUCCCUUUUCCACCCCCAGUUGCCUCCGUUUCCUCCCUCAUUCCUCUCUACUCUCGCCUGGCUUCCUGGCCCCUUUGGUCUGCCUGUGUCCGGUUUCCAGUGACCCGCACCUCCUCUUAUCUCCCUCCUUUCCGUCUUAUUUCUCCAUCCUCUCCUCCCACCCCCCACUUUACUCCUCCCCAGAUUACUAGUUGUUUGUAUAGGGCUGGGGAGAGUUCGAGGUUGGGGCAGGGUGGGGCUCAGCCCCUCUGAGCCUGUGAGUCAGCACUGUCCUCCGGAUUGGUCUCUCUCCUUAGCUCCCCGCCCCCAGGGAGGAGCCAGGCAGCUCUGGGUCCAGCCUGUUCUCUUCUCAGCCAGAGAAGAGGCUCCACGUUGGGCGGGGAUGGGGCCUGAAACUGUCUGGGUCUGAGCUGGGGAGCGGAACCCACUUGUCCCUCUCCCUCCCCAGGACUUCUGUGACUCCUGGGCCACAGAGGUCCGACCAGGCUAAGGGCCUGGGGAUACCCUCUGCCUGGCCCCCUUGCCCAAACUGGCAGGGGGGCCAGGCCGGGCAGCAGCCCCUUUCUCACCUCAGCUAUGGAUCUCCUGCCCCCUAAGCCCAAGUACAAUCCACUCCGGAAUGAGUCUCUGUCAUCGCUGGAGGAGGGGGCUUCAGGGUCCACCCCCCCGGAGGAGCUGCCUUCCCCAUCAGCCUCAUCCCUGGGACCCAUCCUGCCUCCUCUGCCUGGGGACGAUAGUCCCACUACCCUGUGCUCCUUCUUCCCGCGGAUGAGCAACCUGAGGCUCGCCAAUCCGGCUGGGGGGCGCCCCGGGCCUAAGGGGGAGCCAGGAAGGGCAGCCGAUGAUGGGGAGGGGAUCGUAGGGGCAGCCAUGCCAGACUCAGGCCCCCUACCCCUCCUCCAGGACAUGAACAAGCUGAGUGGAGGCGGCGGGCGCAGGACUCGGGUGGAAGGGGGCCAGCUGGGGGGCGAGGAGUGGACCCGCCACGGGAGCUUUGUCAAUAAGCCCACACGGGGCUGGCUGCAUCCCAACGACAAAGUCAUGGGACCCGGGGUUUGCUACUUGGUUCGGUACAUGGGCUGUGUGGAGGUCCUGCAGUCAAUGCGUGCCCUGGACUUCAACACCCGGACUCAGGUCACCAGGGAGGCCAUCAGUCUGGUGUGUGAGGCUGUGCCGGGUGCUAAGGGGGCGACAAGGAGGAGAAAGCCCUGUAGCCGCCCGCUCAGCUCUAUCCUGGGAAGGAGUAACCUGAAAUUUGCUGGGAUGCCAAUCACUCUCACCAUCUCCACCAGCAGCCUCAACCUCAUGGCCGCAGACUGCAAGCAGAUCAUCGCCAACCACCACAUGCAAUCUAUCUCAUUUGCAUCCGGCGGGGAUCCGGACACAGCCGAGUAUGUCGCCUAUGUUGCCAAAGACCCUGUGAAUCAGAGAGCCUGCCACAUUCUGGAGUGUCCUGAAGGGCUUGCCCAGGAUGUCAUCAGCACCAUUGGUCAGGCCUUCGAGUUGCGCUUCAAACAAUACCUCAGGAACCCACCCAAACUGGUCACCCCCCAUGACAGGAUGGCUGGCUUUGAUGGCUCAGCUUGGGAUGAGGAGGAGGAAGAGCCACCUGACCAUCAGUACUAUAAUGACUUCCCGGGGAAGGAACCCCCUCUUGGGGGGGUAGUAGACAUGAGGCUUCGGGAAGGAGCCACUCCGCCCACUGCCCAGACCCCCAGCCACUUGGGAGCUACACUGCCUAUAGGACAGCCUGUUGGAGGAGAUCCAGAAGUCCGCAAACAGAUGCCACUUCCACCACCCUGUCCAGCAGGCAGAGAGCUCUUUGAUGAUCCCUCCUACGUCAACGUCCAGAACCUAGACAAGGCCCGGCAAGCAGGGGGUGGUGCUGGGCCCCCCAAUCCUGCCAUCAAUGGCAGUGCGCCCCGGGACCUAUUUGACAUGAAGCCCUUUGAAGAUGCUCUUCGGGUGCCUCCACCUCCCCAGUCGGUCACCAUGGCUGAGCAGCUCCGAGGGGAGCCCUGGUUCCAUGGGAAGCUGAGCCGGCGGGAGGCUGAGGCACUGCUGCAGCUCAACGGGGACUUCCUGGUGCGGGAGAGCACGACCACACCUGGCCAGUAUGUGCUCACUGGCUUGCAGAGUGGGCAGCCCAAGCAUCUGCUACUGGUGGACCCUGAGGGUGUGGUUCGGACAAAGGAUCACCGCUUUGAGAGUGUCAGUCACCUCAUCAGCUACCACAUGGACAAUCACUUGCCCAUCAUCUCUGCGGGCAGCGAACUGUGUCUACAGCAACCUGUGGAGCGGAAACUGUGAUCUGCCCCAGUGCUGUCUUCCAGAAGAUGCCCUCCAGUCCCCUCCACCCUAUUCCCUAACUCUCGGGACCUCAUUUGGGAGUGUUCUGUGGUCUUGGCCUUGUGUCAGAGGUGGGAGUAGUGUGGACACUGGGUUUUGUAUCCAGCUGAGUGAGAGGGUUUGAGUCAGAAGCCAGGGGGAGAAUCCUACUUCUCCCCAAACAUUAAUCACCAAAGUAUUAAUGUACAGAGUGGCCCCUUACCUGGGCCUUUCCUGUGCCAACCUGAUGCCCCUUCCCCAAGAAGGUGAGUGCUUGUCAUAGAAAAUGUCCUGUGGUGACAGGCCCAGUGGAAUAGUCACCCUUCUGGGUAAGGGGGAACGAAUCACACCUCUGGGCUUCAGGGUACCCCAGACUCCUCUCAACACCCCCCCACCCCCAUGUUUAAAUUUUGUGCCUUUGACCAUCUCUUAGGUCUGAAGAUAUUUUAUGCAAAGAGUUCUUGGGCCCCUGAGUUCAAUGACAGGGAUGCCAACACCUUCUUGGCUUCUGGGACCUGUCUUCUCCUUGCUCAGCAUCCUCUCCGCUUUGGGCUGGGAGAACAGAGGCAGGAGUGGCAGCUGUCCCCUCUCCCUGGGGAUAUGCAACCCUUAGAGAUUGCCCCAGAGCCCCCCUCCCGGCCAGGGGGGAGAUGGACCCCUCCCUUGCUCAGUGCCUCCUGGCCGGGGCCCCUCACCCCAAGGGGUCUGUAUAUACAUUUCAUAAGGCCCGCCCUCCCAUGUUGCAUGCCUGUUGUACUCUACAGCCAAAGUGUAGCCCUUCCUCCUCGAGCCUGUGCCCUGCCUCCCCUUUGGAAUGGGGGGGUGGGGUGACGAAUUUGGGCCCCUUGUACACGUAACUCUCCCAGGUGGAUUUUGUGGAGGUGAGAAAAGGGGCAUUGAAACUCUAAAGCAGUAGACAAUCCCCAAAUACCAUCUGUAGAGUUGGAACUGCAUUCUUUAAAAAUUUUGUAUGCAUAUAUUUUAGGGCUGUAGACUUACUUUCUUAAUUGUUUUCCAUGGCUUAUUCUUGAGCACAAAAUGAUAAUCAAUUAUUACAUUUAUACAUCACCUUUUUGACUUUUCCAAGCCCUUUUACAGCUCUUGGCAUUUUCCUCGCCCAGGCCUGUGGGGUAACUGGGAUCGGCAGCGUUAUCUUUUAGACCAGAGACCUGAGGCAGAUGAAACUGAUUUCCAGAUAGGACUAGAAAAACUUGGGCCUCUUACCGCGAGGCUGAGAGGCAGGAGUUUGCCCGAAUGCCUGUCAGUUUCACGAAGGGGAAAUGCAAAAGCUGCAGGUCCUGGGUACCUCCUACAAGCCACACCAGAGCAAGCCGGCCCCCCUCCUUCGGCCUGCGGAUAAGGGAGAGCUGAUCGUUUUCAUCCUGGCCUCCUUUUGUUGUUGUUUGGAUGUUUCCACGGGUCUCACUUAUACCAAAGGGAAAACUCUUCAUUAAAGUCUGUAUUUCUUCUA